AUGGAACCUCGACUAAAUGCCCUACUAGACCUCUCCAGUCACGGCGCCAUGGCCUCUGCCACGAAUGCCUCGGAUGCUGCCUCGUCUACGUCGCAGCGCCCACCCCAUCACGGCGAUGCUGCUUUUGUGCCGCCCAAGGCACUCAUGCUGGCCGCCUCGUCGUCUCCUGACCACGCCCAGCCAAGCCAUGUCCGCAGGGAGGCACACGACAGAAUCUAUCCCCCCCGAGCCAUGCCCAGUGCCCCCAUAGCACAGGUCCUCAACAAUGAGGGCAAUCUGCUUUCUGCGCACUCGGUUCCCAAUGCCCUGGCUCCGUCGGCUACUCCCUUCAGCGGCCGCCUGGUCGAUCUCCUCCCGUCAGUCAUCAAGCUCCCCAGACUUCCACAGCCUCCCAAGAAGACGGCAAAGCGGCCUAGGAUACCCCCGCUCUUACAGGGUCUCCAUCAGCCCCCGCCAUUGCCGCCCGAGGGCAGGUUGUUCCCACCCAUUACUGGCGAAAAGAAUGCCUUUGUGGGUGAGAGAGGGUACGAUGCAUUGUUCGAGGAGCCGCGAACCAAGGACGUGGAAGAUUACGCCUUUUUCGAGAAUGGCGCACAGGAACUCGCCAAGAGUGCUCAAUUAGGGGACCAUGCGUCGACCAGCCAGGCGCCCGCGCAGAGUGCACCGCUGGGUGGAACAAGUGCCGUCCAAGAGAGCCAUGUGCCAUUGUCCAAGGAGCCCAGCACCCAAAGCCAGAAUCAGGCCAAACGUGGAAAGAAGCGGACUAGGUGGUCGGAACACGAGACCAAAGACUUGCUUAUAGGCGUGAGCAGAUAUGGCAUUGGAAACUGGAAGAAGAUAUUGCAAUGCCCAGAAUUCAACUUCAACAAUCGCACUGCCGUCGACUUGAAAGACCGGUUCCGUGUAUGCUGCCCUGGCGAAGGCUUGAAACCGCGGCAGCCCAGGACUACCGACAAGGAGAAGAGCACGGAUGAACAUUCAGGCCAGCCAGACACUUUCCAAGACCAGCAUCUAACCACUGAGAAUACUGAUAGUACAGUGGGGGCAGUACAGCAGCAAAAAUCACAGUCGACACGCACCACCAAAACCACGGCCUCAGUCCCUAAGCUCUCUGACCUUGGCAUCCACGAACCUUUUUCAAAAACUGCACGGCGCCCCCGCCGCCCCUUUACGGCUGCCGACGACAUCAAUCUCCUCAAAGGCUUUGAAAAGUACGGACCAGUUUGGCACUUUAUGCGCGACGAUGUCGAGCUCGACUUUGGCGCAAGACACGCGACCGACUUGCGCGACAGGUUCCGCAUCCGGUACCCAGACAAGUACGCCAAGGCAGGGUACAAGCUGAAAUCCAAAGAAAAGGAUCGCGAAAGAGCAAGGAGGGGUGUGAAUGCAGAAAGCAGAGGGGACGCCGCAGAAGACGACGAUGCAGAGGCUGAGGGAGAGGCACAACAAGUCAGUGCUAGUAGUCACUCACAACAAGCCGGCGCAACCACUUCAUCUCGCCAUGCAACCAGCACUGACAACACCAAUAUCAAACUCGGAAUCAGCGACGAAGCAAACAAACCCAAACCCAGCAAUCCCAGCACAACAUCGUCCACCACACUAAUCGCGCCCCUAAAACCCUUCUCCUCAUCCUCAUACCUCUCCGACCCACUACCCACGCUCCCCUUUUCCGACGACGAAGACCUCACAGACGACAUGGGGAAUCCCGCACAUAACCACCAUUACCACGAUAACAAUAACAAUAACAGUGGCGCAAUAGGAGGACCGGGAAUAGGCGACGAAAGCCCUAUUACACUCAGUAGGAAUAUCCUGCGCUGGGCUGAUGCGAAUCCCUCGUCGCUGUACGCUGUCACGCCCAUGGCGAGGUAUAGGGCUGCUAGUGCUAAUAGU